ACCUCGGCCGUGCCUGUCACCCCUGCUCAGAGGCUGUCUCCCGGCUGUGCCCUGAGCACUCGCGGCUCCCCCCCACGGAAAGCAGGCGACACUGUGGGGCAGUANGGCAGUACAGAUCUUGUACUGGCAUCCGUCCCUGGAUCCACCAAGAACCGUGUCCUCUGGUGACCGAGGGGCUCCGCGAGGCCGAGCCUGAGCACCCCGCAGCCUGGGAGCUUCCUGUGGGCAGGAGGAACCGGCCCUUCAGGUUUAGGUGCCCCAAGAUCAACACCAACCUGGGCGACGUGCAGUUCCUGGCCAUCGACCUGGUCAUCACCACCACGGUGGCCGUGCUCAUGAGCCGCACGGGGCCGGCGCUGGCGCUGGGGCGGGCGCGGCCCCCAGGGGCCCUGCUCAGCGUCCCCGUGCUGAGCAGCCUGCUGCUGCAGGUGACGCUGGUGGCCGGCGUGCAGCUGGGGGGCUACUUCCUGACUGUGGCCCAACCCUGGUUCGUGCCUCUGAACAAGACCGUGCCGGCGCCAGACAACCUGCCCAACUAUGAGAACACCGUGGUCUUCUCUCUGUCCAGCUUCCAGUACCUCAUCUUGGCCGCUGCCGUGUCCAAGGGGGCGCCCUUCCGCCGGCCGCUCUAUACCAACGGUGCCGCUGCGUGGCCAGGCCGGGGGCGGGGGUGGGACGGGCUGUGGGGCUCUG